CUAAAGAAGCGUUUUAAAGACGAGACCCGGAUACAAGUUGGUCCCUGUGCGGAGGUUGUUUUCUCACAGGAUUUACCUGGACGGUUUUUGACUUUUACAGGUCACUUUAUCGUUCUUUUUCACGCGUUUUGAAAGUGUAGUUUCGGGUUGAGUUCGGUUAAUGAGCUUCCCAGCCGGCAGCAGUCGCGCCUCUUGUCCGGAAAAGUUUAGCUAGCUGGAAGUGUUCUGUCGCAACUCAUACGACUGCACUUUAGCGAGAGAUGGUUGGCAGGUUGAACUUGCCUAAUGCCAACGAAGAAGAUCCUCUGGAAAUGAGCUGCAAGGCUGAACGCGGACUUGACAGCCCGGACUCUGGCUUACCGUCGAGUCCGAGUCCCAGCGCCUGGCUGCAGGCUGCGUCAGCGGACAAAGUCCGGGGCGUGAGCCCGGUGUCGGAGGAUGAGAGACGGAGCCCGCUGGUUCCAGUUCUACCCUCAGGAUCUUUCCCACAGCGACACUCACUCUUGUUUGGAGAGGGCAUAACACUUGAGCCAUUGCCACCAAAGGAAAUGAGAUAUACCUCAUCAGUGUGCUACAACUCAGAGCGCCACUUCAUCCAGGAUGUGACCCUGCAGCCCUUCGGCCAGGCCUUGGAACACUGUAGGCAGACAGUGGUGACUUUGCCCCACAGCACCUGGCGUCACUACAAGACUCAGCUGGAGUUUGAGCCUCGACAGCGGCUGCAGCGCUUCCGGAGUACCACCAUUAUUUACCCCAAGAAAACCAGCUUGCUGUACGCCACAGAGCUGAGCUAUGACUGCCACCGGCUAGCUCGGCGCUUCCUGUCCAGUGUGGAGCUCAAGGAAGCGGCCUGCAGGAAGCUAUCGCAGUGAAGAAUGAGCGACUCCCCCCUGUACCUGAAGCUGGCUGCCAUGUUCCUGCUGUUGUGUAGCUUUUUAACUCUACAAAGGAGAUGCUCAGUGUUUAGAUGCAUGAGAAAGUGCUCCACUUGUUUCACUGAGACAUUCUGCAGGGUUUUUAUGUAAAUUAGCUGUUUUUGGGGGGGGGGGGGGCAGAUCUGGAUGCGACCAAAAUGACCCACAUAACUUCACUGAAAUUUAUUGGUAAAUUUGGGGUUCUGCUGAUCUUGGCUGAGGUAUGUGCUCAGAGUUGAGACGGUCAUGGGAGUGGACAGAAAGUUGUGACAUCACUGGAGAUGCAAUAAGGGAUGAAAGCAAUGUCUGCUGUCAUUGCCAGGGAUGUUUGUUUCAGAGCCACACCUCAUGCUUGUGGCUUUGACUUUAAUAUCUAUCAGCUGCAGGGUGGACGGAGGUGUUUAUUUGCGGGAACUGUAAGCAGAAGUUGGCUAUAAAUUUGCUUCUACAAUUUCAGGAUUUAAUCCUGGCUAAAUUAGAUCUUCUCUCAUACUGGAUCACUCUUGUUUUUGGUCAAACUAAAGCAGCGUGUGUCUUAAUUCCCACUAUCUUCUUCCAUAAUUGUAGUUGAAUAAGUGAGUUAUGGUGAUUGUUGGCCUCCUUUCUGGUGAGACAGGGUUUCAGUAUCAGUGGUCAAACUCAUUUGCGUGUCACUUUUUUUUUU